GGAUGAUGGUUGAAGAUGAGGGAGAAAGAGUGAGAUGAAAAGUCUUUGUCGUUCUGGCUAUCGUUUUUGGUCAAAUCUAAAAUAUAUAAGUUGAGAUGAAAUGGUCAAAUUGAAAUCAGUUUUCACUUUUACUCCAAACCAAGUCAGUGAUCGGUCAUCAGUGAUCUGUUUCAAUACACACACGGACUAAUUUUUUAUUGUUCACCAGUGAUUUAAUUGUAUUCCUAGAUAGCCAACUGAAUUUAUUGUAAACAUGUUGUCUCUUCAAUCUACUAUCGUCAUUACAGUUACUCUUCUUGCCCUUUCCCAGUCUGUUGUUGGACAGCAAGUAUAUGCACGAACUCGAGCUCGAAGUCAAUAUCGACCAGGAAACGUAGCUUAUGCCGCCGCUGCUGCACCUACCUUGAGCUAUGCCAAUGCUCCAGCACCCAGACGAUAUGCUGCUGCUACUCCAGUCCGAUAUGCUCAACCUGUUGCCUCAAACACUGGUGCUUAUGUAGCUGGACCUGAGGAAAAUUAUGCACCUCAACCACACAACUUCAACUACGAUGUCACUGAUGAAUAUGGAAAUCAACGUUACCACCAAGAAACUGGUGAUGGAAGUGGCCGAGUAACUGGAUCUUAUGGUUACCGAGAUGCUUAUGGUGUCUACAGAUUUGUUGACUAUGUUGCCGAUGAAAAUGGUUUCAGAGCCACAAUCCGAUCCAACGAACCUGGAUUAGACAACCCUGCUCCUGCCGGUGUCCAAUAUGCUCUUGAACCACCCCCAGCAAAUGUAUACCUUGGAGCUCAAAAGGAAGCAACAGCCACCCGCAACUAUCAAUCUUAAAUUCAAUAUUUAACUUGAUUGUCAAUUGAUGCCAUUACAAUAAGCUUUUAUUUUUUGCCAGAUGAAAUGAUUGAAUAAAAUUACAAAAAAAAGAAAUAAAUUAACAAAAAUUCAAAUGGAUAGACGAAAGAAACAUUCUGAGAUGAAGAAAGUGAAAAUAGUGUCACCAAAUUAUCGAUAUUUUGAUAAUCCAAACUCUGUUGGAUAAUCAAUUUGUACUAUUAACUUUCCUACGAGCAAGUGAUAUUGUAACAAAUUAUGUUUUAUAAUUGUACCAUUGUUAAUUUUUUAUAUGUGACACAAAGGAUUACAAUAAAAAAUCUUUGAAUGACAAA